UCGAACUCAGAAAUCUACCUGCCUCUGCCUCCCAAGUGCUGGGAUUAAAGGCAUGUGCCACCACUGCCCGGCUAAGAUAUAUCUCAAAUGUCAUUUCUCUGUCGUUGCUUUUUUAAUCUCUGUUCUUUUAUGUGUCAUUGUAUUUUUUUCCCUAGUUCUAUGAUGACUAAUAUUAUGGAAAGUCAGAAACAAGAGUGAGGCUGUUGAACAGUGUAUUUAUGGGUAUUAAUUAAACAAUGUAUAAAAUACUUAGAGAAAUUAAGAUUGCAAACAAGAUGGCCAGGGACAGGAAAUGAACUAUUAUGGAAGCUUGCUGGCCAUACAUGCCGUAAAACAUGGUUUUGAACACAAGAAUACAUGUAAAUGUGAAAGAUAAGUAGAUGGCUGAGGAGUAAGCAAACGCAAAUCAGAUCCAUAUGAAGCAAAAUCACUGAGUUCCACUUUGUGCUUCAGAUUAUUCAGAGAAUCUUACAGACUUCUGUUCAUCAGGUUCAUGUAAAGGCCAAGUUCCAAAGUGAGGUACAGUAACUAAGAGAAAUAUUUCUGAGACUCACUAAAACUAACUUUCUUACAUGUAACAGUAAUCUUCAACUCCAAUAGUCCCGUACAAAAACACAUACAAUCCAGUUAUUAUAUUUAUAAGCAAUAAACCUAGAUUGGCAGAACUAUACUAACUUAUCCCCAGCUAGGAGACCGUUGGUUAUCUGCAGUUUCUCCUGGUCACGUGGUUCAGCUCCAUCUUAGCUGCUGCUUCCUCCUCUCCUGUCAUCUCUCCCUCCCCAUCUCUCGCUCUCCAAGAUCUCCUCUCUCACCUUUCCUCUCCACGGCCCAAUCACAGGCUUUUGCUUUUAUUGACCAGUAAAUGGGGAGAAGAUUCACAGGAGAGCACCUGAGUACUUGAUCCACCACUCUCCCGGGGGCCACCCCUCUUGAGGAUGCAGAAUUAACAUGAAAAUUCAAACAACAUCAGGACAACCCACAACACUUACAUAAGCUAAAGGUUGAAAAUAUGGACAAAGGAUCUGCGAUGGAUCUGGGCGAUCUUUACUGAUAAACAACAGAGAGGAGGACUUUAAAAUUGUUCGAUACUCCGGAGGCAGAGGCAGGCAGAUUUCUGAGUUUGAGGCCAGCCUGGUCUACAAAGUGAGUUCCAGGACAGCCAGGUCUAAACAGAGAAACCCUGUCUCGAAAAAUCUAAAUAAAUAAAUAAAAUUGUUCGAUGAUUUAGUCUGUUUCUCUUGACUAACCUCCGACACGAAUGGAUUCCAAUAUUCACAUGAAAACGAUUUCCUGCAGUGGCUUGUGAUCUGUGUACGGCUUGUAGUUGAUUUCUAGAAGAGCCAUUGCACAGGGCAUCCAGAGUGAUGGCGCUUAAGCCUUGUGGUGAUCUCCUGUAAAUAAUCCGUGAUUGUUACCUAAAAUCCAUGGCAUUGUCUUCUUUGGGAAUAUCAAAAGCUUAGCAUAACCUCAGUUAUAAAACAAUCCUGGUAAACCCGACACAUUGGCUGUCAGUCCAUCAGAAGCUGAUUCCCCGGCGGCUUUUGCUAAAGCUUAUCACAUCCUGGAGUGUCUCUAUCUCUUACCAUCUUGGUAACUCAGUACACUGACAAAUAUUCACACAGGGUGUCAAUACAGGAGAACGCGGCUCACUUAAGUAUGUGCAGUACUGGGUAUUAAGCCAAAGCCUUGAGGCAGUUUCCUCAAAUAGCUGUAAAUUUCACCGGAAAUGAAGAAAUUAAGAACUUUGCCAAGAAAAUCCUCUGCCCCUUUAAGCUGGACCACAGAAACUGAGGAAUGCACUCGGCUCGUUAGAACUGGGCUCAGUUCGUGGCCUCCAUGCUUCUUAACUAGGCGACACUAACUAGGUGACAGACAUCAAUGCAGAAAUCCAGGACCAUUUUGUAGUACAACUCACUCUCCUAAGACUCCUGCAACGCCAUCGCACAGACUUGUGGGAAAUGUAGUCUGUAGCACGGUGACGUCACAGAUCGGUACUUUGGUAAACAAGAGUUCAGCUUUUGGUAAGCAUGUGCGGCUCUUAUCCAAAGCUGGGCCAGACUCUGGUCCUGCUGUGCUCUCCCGUUGGAUCUCUGACAUGGAGUCGUUAUUUCAGGAAAUGCUGUCCUUCCGGGAUGUGGCCAUUGAUUUUUCUCCAGAAGAGAGGGACUACCUGGGUCCUGCUCAGUGGGAUCUGUACAGAGACGUGAUGCUGGAGAAUUAUAGCCACCUUGUGUUCCUGGGUCUUGCUGUUGCUAAGCCAUACUUGGUAACAUUUCUGGAGCAAAACCAAGGGUCUUCAGGUGUGAAAAGCCACGCAGCAGCCACCAUCCCAGGAACAACAGGCAAUGAAUUUAACAAUCACAAUGAGGCCAUUGAUCACAGCUCUCUAAGUAUGCAAUGCCAGAGAAUUCAUACAGGAGAGGAACCCUACUACUUUGAAGACUGUGGUAAGGCCCUUAGUUCUCAGGCAACACUUUCUGUACUCCAGAGACGUUAUAGUGGAGACAAACCCUACAAGUGUAAAGAAUGUCAUAAAACACUUAGCAGUCGCUCAUCACUUUUAAUACACCAGAAAUAUCAUACUGAUGAGAAAACCUACAAGUGUGAAAAAUGUGGCAAACGGUUUUUGCGUUCCUCACAUCUUCAGCAUCAUCAAAAAAUUCAUACUGGAGAGAAACCAUACAAAUGUGAAGAGUGUGACAAAGCCUUUCUUCAUCACUCAUAUCUUAGGAAACACCAGGCAGUUCAUACUGGAGAGAAACCCUACAAGUGUGAAGAGUGUGGAAAUUCAUUUUACUAUCCUGCAAUGCUGAAGCAACAUCAAAGAAUUCAUUCUGGAGAGAAACUUGACAAGUGUGAAGAAUGUGGGAAAGUAUUUUCCUCUGCUUUCUUUCUUAACCAGCAUAAAGGAAUUGAUUCCAUAGAGAAAAGGUACAAGUGUCAAGAAUGUGGCAAAUCUUUUUGCUAUCGUUCAUAUCUUAGGGAACAUUACAGAAGGCAUUCUGGAGAGUAUCCCUACAAGUGCGAAGAAUGUGGCAAAGGGUUUUCCCGUUCCUCAAAGCUUCAGGAACAUCAAACAAUUCAUACUGGAGUUAAACCUUACAAGUGUGAAGAGUGUGAGAAAUGUUUUUCCUCUUUUACGUCCCUUAAAAGACAUCAAAUCAUCCAUUCUGAAGAUACUCCCCAUGAGUGUGUAGAAUGCGGCAAAAGGUUUUCUAGUUCUUCCCGCCUUCAGGAACAUCAGAAAAUUCACACUGAAGAGAAACCAUACAAAUGUGAGGAAUGUGACAAAGCCUUUCUUUAUCACUCGUUUCUUAGGAGACACAGAGCAGUUCAUACUAGAGAGAAACCCUACACGUGUGAAGAGUGUGGGAAAUGUUAUACCUCUUUCACAUCCCUGAAAAGACAUCAAACAAUUCAUUCUGUAGACACUCCCCAUGAGUGGGUAUAAUGUGGCAAAAGGUUAUCUUGUUCUGCAUGCCUUCUGGAACAUCAAAAAAUCAUAGAGGAAAGAAACCAUAUCAAUGCGAAGACUGUCACAAAGCCUUUAUCACUCAUUUCUUAGGAGACACAAGGCUGUUCAUACUGAAGAGAAAACCUCCAAGUGUGAAGAGUAUGGCAGAUGGUUUUCGUUUUCUUCAGCCCUUAGACAACAUCAAACAAUUCAUUGUGAAGGCAGUCCCUGCAAGUGUGGGGAAUGUCACAGAGCCUUUUCUACACUGUCUACUCUUACAGAACACAAGUUUGUUCAUUCUCUAGAGAAACUGUUGAAGUAGGAACAAUGUGGGAAAGCCUUGUCUUCUAAUUCUUUCCUUUUUUUUUUUUUUUUUGGUUUUUUCAAGACAGGGUUUCUCUUUAUAGCCCUGACUGUCCUGGAACUCACUUUGUAUACCAGGCUGGCCUCGAACUCAAAAAUCCGCCUGCCUCUGCCUCCCGAGUGCUGGGAUUAAAGGCGUGCGCCACCACACCCGGCUCUUUCCUGUUUUGAUACAAGUUGAGUCAUACUGGAGUGAAAUCUUACCAGCGUGAAGAAUGUAGGAAAAUGUUUGACUCUACUUCACAACUGAAGAAACAAACAAACAAACAAAACUCAGUGUUAAGAGAAAGCAUGGAGUCAGGCAUGGUGGCGCACACCUUUAGUCCCAGUACUUGGGAGGCAGAGGCAGGUGAAUUUCUGAGUUCGAGGCCAGCCUGGUCUACAGAAUGAGUUCCAGGACAGCCAAGGCUACACAGAGAAAUCCUGUCUCGAAAAACCAAAAAAAAAAAAAAAACAAAAGAGAAAGCAUGGAAAUGUGAUGGAUGUCGAAGAGCCUUCUCCAUUGACUGUUACCAGCUAUAGUAGUUCCUACUGGAGAGUAACGCCACAAAUGUGAAGAGUGGCAAAAUGUUUUACUCUAGAGCUUAAAUUCCAAAAUAUUCACACUGGACAAAAGCCAUACAAGUAUGAAGAAUGUCUCCUUGCGUCUCUUUACCCCUGUGUGCCCAGUAAUUAUUUUGAAAUGUUAACUAUCUAUUAUCCACAAGCACAAAUGCUAUAAAUAUGAUCAGGUGACAGUAAAAACGUAUCUUUGAUGAAAUCUCUCCACUACUCUAUAAACCAGUGGAAUUGGAAUAUACCUAGAUUGAUAAUUUCUUUCUUCUGUGACCGUCAAUAUACCAUAAAACUGUUACCCAUCGUUGUUUAGGUUACCUGAAUCUGAGUACUGGGCCAUGGUAUACUUUGUUGUUUUCUUCAUGGAGACAUGCAAGCACCUGUAAUGUCUCUCAUGGGUUUUGUAGGAAGCUCCAUAAACUCAUAUUUUUCAUCAAGUUUGACUCGUAUGAAAUGAUCCGCUUUGGUCCCACCCAGCCUGAGGUAAAUGAGAACUAGUGUUUGUCUUCCCAGUAAACCCCAAAAGAAGAGAUUGUCAGUUGUGUUUGGUUCCAGAAUAAAGAAUCUCUGAUCUGCUUUAAGUUCAGAAAGUGUUUAUUGUGUGUGUGUGUGUAUGUAUGUAUGUAUGUAUGUAUGUAUAUGCUAUUUAUAAAUAUGCUAAUUAUAAUGCCUAGAUGAACGUUAAGGCCUAGGUAUAUGAAUGUUAAGGCUUAUGUAAUAUAUAAUGGCUAACCUGCCAUUACAAGGAAGCUAUCAUACCUUUCUGCUAUGACUAGGAAACUUGCUAACAUGUGACUGGUUAAAUAUUCUGUUAUAUUCUCUGCCUUUGGAAACUAAUCGCUAUAGAAGAUAGUGGAACUGUUUGCAUACUUACCCACAAUAAUCUUAGAUCCAAACCAACCAUCCAACAGUACUUCCUGUACCUGUGUAUAGGUUUUUGUGGUAUAAGCUGCUCCUGGAAUGGACCCGAUGUAAGAGAUAUAAAAACUAUUUAAAAUAAGAGUUCUAUUUUGAAUCAUACUUGAGUAACAUUUACAUUCCCAAGACCUCCCGAGGAACUGACAUCUUACUUGGCAGAAAGAGACAUGCAUGUGGGUAACUGACAUCCUGGUUGCCAAGUUAAGACAUGAAUGUUAGACCAAGUAAGUCCCUGACACAGUGAAAUACUUCAACCAAUGGGAACAGGGUAAGUGCACAACAAAGACAUAUUCCUAAGGAAACCCCCUAUCCCUAAUUCCUAAAGGUAAAAUAACUUGACACAGAUGUUUGUGGAUUUGGGGCUUUAAAAUCCCUGUAAGAUCCAAACUCCAUGUCAUGGUUAAUUUCCCAAAUCUGGACUGCAGCUGUGGCUGAUGGGGUCCUGGGGUGUAUGCUCAAUAAACUGUCCCUGUCUACUGUCA